AUGGUAUCGGCGGGAGGGCAAGCAGCGCAGAUCUUGCAUGGGCCGAGUCUCGUUGGCAUCUUCCUGAAUAUCUUACUAUAUGGCGUCGUUAUUGCGCAGGCGCACACCUACUACGCGAGCUUCCGAAGCGAUCCGUUGUGGAUCAAGGCCUAUGUCGCAGUCUUGCUCCUUGCAGACACAUUGAACAGCGCAUUCAACAUUGCCUGGAUCUAUACCGUCCUGGUUAACAACUUUGGCAACCUCGCUGCUCUUACGCAAGCAGACUGGCGUAAGCAAAAGCCUCGCCCUUUGCUCCAUGGACUCAUCGCGAUGAUGGUCCAGCUCUUCUACGCGUGGCGCAUCCUGGCGCUGACCAAGAAUCGGUGGAUCGUCGCACUCGUUGUAGUAAGCUCCACCGUCUCUGGCUUAUCUGCCAUCGGGACGGCAAUUGGCAUCGGGAUUCGCCCAGAGUUUUCGGGUUUCAAGUCUCUUGAUGUCAUUGGACUCCCUUGGCUCAUCUCGUGCACCGUCUGCGAUGUCACAAUUGCCGUGGCACUUAGUGUGUACCUGAACUCGCGCAAGACUGGAUUCGAGAUCACUGAUAACAUUAUCAAUAAGAUCAUACGGUCGACCGUGCAGAGCGGACUCUUGACCGCGUCUUUCACCAUAGCACACAUUGUGGCAUAUUUGACUUCAUCCACGGGUAUCCAUAUGAUCUUCAACUACGGCGUUGUCAAGUUAUACACGAACUCGGUUAUGUCGAGUCUUAAUUCUCGUCAGGCAAAUUCCCACUUGCCUUCAGGUGAUACUAGCUUCAUCGACGCAAAAGAGGUACAGAAAGAGUUCAGUAGCCUCUACGCAUACAAUCUGAAAGGUCAUGCUUUUCUCCAGUCGAAUUUUGUGAGCUCCAGAUCAGUCAGACCGCAAGUCAGCAUCACGGUAGAGAUGCACGAGAUGGCGGAUACUCUACCUCUGCCAAAAGCGAAGUCCGGAAACGAGCUUGUAGUGUAA